AGGAAUGUCCAUGUGUACAUCAGUGCAGUUUGUAAUCCAGAUUGCGGCUGCAGAUGAGGGAACAGAUGAUUUUUGUGCUAUAUAGACAUAUUGAAUAUGUUUCUUAUUGGUUAUCCACAUAAUUUCUAGCUAUUUUAAAUGGUAUGUUUUCACUUUGGCAACAUUGAUUUGGCCACUAGAGUAUCAUCCUUUGCCACUAGAUGGCCAGAGACCCCACUGAGCUACCAUGUGUCCUUUAAAGUCUCUUUAUUGUUUCUGUCAAAGGUAAGUCUGAAGAGUUUAACAGAGGAAAAUAAUGUAAUUGUCUUUUUUUGACAUGCCUGAGGACUUCGCCUUUUUUUUUUUUUUUACCUUUUGAAUGAGGAAGUUGAGAAGAAAGGCCAGUCAUCUCAGAUAACCGCCUCAAGUUACCUGUUUGACUGACAUACCAGAGUGCACUUCCCAUUACAUACACGCUUGCAUUUUAACACCCCACAUCAAUGUCAGCCGUCUGUCUUUCUCCUGAUGGCAUGCUAUGAACUUCAGGAAAUCAGAUGCACAUAUUUUUCCUCCCAUUUACGCUAAGUCCGUGCAGUCUUCUAUCUUUUUUUAAAAAUGUAAAAAACGCUGCAUAGUUUUGCUGAAGAAUCUCUCAGGGGCGCAGCAAUAAAAGUGUCAGGUGUCUCAAGUUUUUAAAUUCUUUCUUCCCCUGCCCUUGUCUAGAGUGAGUCCGUGACUCGCUGUAUUUUUAUCUUUGCUUCUUAUCUAAGGAGACUCUGUUAUCUCAGGUAUUUUAUUCUAUCUUAUGACGCAUUGCACUUGAUAAAGUGAUUCCUGCAUGCUUCACUUUGCCACAAGUAUAUGGUAAGAAUCAUUCUUAGAUAUUUUCAGAAAAAAAUUAUUUAACUCGUAUUGACAGAUUUUUUACAAAUCUUUCCAAUGAUGCAGAAAAAGCUUUUGAGGGUUUUUCUUUGAGAGAACUGCUUUCUGAAUGUAGCCAUGCCCGUAUUUGAGCUGUGAAGGGGCAAAAGUGGAAGCAUUGUUGUGGAACUGCAGGAUGUCCUGAGGAAGAAGUCAGCGUUCCACUGCAGGGGCCACUGAGCCGCCCACCUGCAUUCAGAAGCAGACAGUCAUGCACCAGGAGCCACGCACCUCUCACGCUCCGGUCUCCAGUGCCAUCUCCUCUGCUCACUUCGUAGCUGUGAGUAUGAAUGGCAGUUGAGGGUGGAGAUUCCCACCUCUGCCAAUAGUCGCUGCGUUUUGUGUGACAUCCAACCAAAAAAAGCACCCAUGCGGAACGGGAAACUACAGAUGAUGUUGCUUUUUUUCAUGGCCUCGUCACUUUUUCUUGUAUGUGAGGAAAAAGUGGAAGUCAAGCUCCACUGAAUCAUUGUGAACUAGGCUGUGCCGUUAGUUCCUGAAGUUCAGGGCGAGUUUUGCCUGUCGUUAAUCUGUGCUUUACCAUAUCGAACCUGGAUAUGACUGUAAGUGCAAGUUAAAGGAGUUGGCGUGAACGUCAAGGAAGUCAGUAAAGAAAACAAAGACACAAUAUUUGGCGAGAUACACACAUCAAUCGAUACUUUGGCAUUCACCUUUGGCAAUGUAGUGUCUGACUUCCUUAUGGAAGAUGUGGACAGUGGUUCCAGGUUGGGGUACCCCCAAGCCAGAAGGAGUCGUUCUUUUGAAAACCUCUCUGAAGAUUCAGGAGGCUGCAAUCAAAAUGAUCUGGCAGAUCCUGUUCUGUCCCCAGAGCUGUCCACCGUGGGGCAGGUGGACCUCCUUCUGCUGAAGAAUGACAGUGGAGUAGAGUCGGCUUUGCUCUAUGCCAAGGCCUUGUCCAAAUACACCAAAGACAUGUUGGCCUGGGUAGAGAAACGCCUCAGCUUGGACAUGGAAUGUGCCAGAAGCUUUGCCAAGAUGGCAGAAUCCGCAAAGGCAGUGGCAAGUCAGCAGGACUUCAUGCCUUUCCGGGAUAUUUAUGUUUCUGGCUUCAAAAAUGAGAUUGAGUACAAUCAGGUUCUGCUCCAAACAGCUGCAUCUCUACAAACCAACAAAUUUGUACAGCCACUGCUGGCCCGCAAGAACGAUCUGGACAAGCAGAGGAAAGAAAUAAAGGAACAAUGGCAAAGAGAGCUAAAGAAAAUGAGCGAGGCCGAGAGCGCUUUGAAGAAGGCUCGGCUGCUGAAGGUGCAGAAGAAGGAGGAGUACGAGAAGGCACGCAGCUCCACCAGCCGCACUGAGGAGGAGCAGCCAACAGCAGGAGGCAGGACUCUGGAGAAGAAACGGAGGGUGGAGGAAGAGGCCCUACAGAAGGCAGAGGAAGCGCAAGAGCAGUAUAAAGUGUGUGUGGCUGAUCUAGAGGCGAAGAAGGUCAGCCUGUCAAACGCUAAGAGUGAGAUCCUCGCUCAGAUUCGGAAGCUGGUCUUCCAAUGUGACCUGACCCUCAAAUCGGUGACAAUGAACUGGUUCCAGAUGCAGCAGACUCAGACCCAGCCUCUUUCAGUCAACUACCAAGCUCUAAGUGAACAGGCCAAAAUGUAUGAGCCGGGCCAGCGCUACUCUGAGUUUGUGUGCAGCCUGCCUAAAGAGCGUGUGUGGCUGGAGUCUAUGUCUCAGGACAUCACAGCUUCCUCAAAAACGGGAAUGUCCCUUCAUAAGAGGUCUCAGAGCAGCACCCGCUCAUCCCAUGGGAACCUGUCACUGGGCUCUGUUACUUCAGCGGAUAACCACAGCACAGAUGAGGUCGAGGGUACCAUACAACCCUGCAAGGCCAAGAUCGCUGAGAGACGAUCCAAUAGCAGUAUAGACAUGCAAGUGUUAAGUACGCAGGGCUCCCAGCGGGCCUGGAGCUCAGGCAGUGCCGGUGGAGGGGGGAUGUGCAGUGACUCAGAAAGUGCUGGAGGAAGCAGCGAGUCUCGCUCCGUGGACUCCCCCACAGCUAGUCCAGUGGAUUUCAAACGUAGGCUUCCCAGAACGCCCUCAACUGGUACCAUGUCUUCUGCAGAUGACCUGGAUGAGAGAGAACCACAUUCCCCAUCAGAUAAUGGCCUUGCUGAGAUGGUGAUGGAAGCGGCCAGUUCUCCCGGCCCUUUUCGUAAUGCUCAGAUGUCAAAAGCAGCACAAACUCACAAGUUGCGGAAACUGCGAGCGCCUUCCAAAUGCAGAGAGUGUGACAGUCUGGUGGUGUUUCACGGGGCUGAAUGUGAAGAGUGCUCUUUGGCCUGUCAUAAGAAAUGCCUGGAGACUCUUGCCAUUCAGUGUGGUCAUAAGAAGCUCCAGGGCAGACUGCACCUGUUCGGGAUUGACUUCGCCCAAGUAGCUAAGAACAGUCCUGACGGCAUCCCCUUCAUCAUCAAAAAAUGCACCUCAGAAAUCGAGAGUCGUGCCCUGAACAUUAAGGGCAUUUAUCGGGUGAAUGGGGCGAAGUCUCGUGUGGAAAAGCUGUGCCAGGCCUUUGAGAAUGGAAAGGACUUAGUGGAGCUUUCUGACCUCCACCCACAUGACAUAAGCAACGUGCUCAAGCUUUACCUGAGACAGUUGCCAGAGCCAUUGAUUCUAUAUCGGUAUUAUAAUGAUAUCAUCGGGCUGUCGAAAGAGACUCAGAACGUGGGCGAGACUGACUCGACUAAAGAAAAAUCACCAGGAGAGCAGCUGUGCCUCAGUAUUGAGCUGAAAAGAGUCCUCUUCAAAAUCAGAGACCUCCUUCGCCAGCUUCCUGCGGCCCACUACAAAACCCUGCAGUUCCUCAUCACCCAUCUGCACAGAGUGUCAGAGCAGGCUGAGGAGAACAAGAUGACCACUAGUAACCUGGGUAUCAUCUUCGGUCCGACACUCAUCAAGCCCAGACAGCUGGAGGCAGAAGUGUCGCUGUCCUCUCUGGUUGACUACCCCCACCAGGCCCGCAUGGUGGACCUGCUCAUUAGGCACCACCAGAUGAUCUUUGAAGUCUCCCUCAGCCCUGUGUCUCCCACCAGUCCGACAGCACCACAGCCAGCACUCAGCCGUCACUCCAGAUCUCUCAUGGAUAUCAAAGAGAGUGCGAAAGCCUACAAGAGACACUCGUCUGUGAUUACCUCUGCACAGCUGAGGGAGGAAGUGAAGGAGAUGAAGACAGGGCAUGAUAAAGUGCAAACACCUGCAGGUGAGGGCUCAGAUGUCAAUGGGGUUGGCUCAGCUCCUGUGGACAUGCAGAAGUCCACAUCUGUGUUCAGCCAGCCGAGUGCCAGCAGCCGAGGGGUGCAACUACGUCCUCAGCGCUCCAAGCCAGUGUCUCGACCCAUUAGCAUGCCUGUAGAGAGACUGCUCAACGAGCGCAACAGUCGCAACACAGAGGACCGCGAACCCUCGCCGGCUGCCAUUGAAGAAACGACCGAACCAGAGAAGCCUUCAACACCACGCCUCACCAGCUACUACAGGAACCCAUUCAACGACACUCAGACGCUGAGGAAGACCUGGGACAGACAGUACAGGCAUUAUGAUGUGACGCCCAGAACUGCAAUGAUAGUGGCCAACCUGCCUUCUUCUGGUGUGCCAAAACCGUCAGAGAUUAACGUUGUACCCCAAAGCAGCGCCAAUAGAAAAGAUGGUACAAGCCAGUCUGUAGGGUCUCCGAUAUCCUUCCGAGUGCCACGGACACUAAAACCCCCUCCUGGAAUGUUCUAUAGACCUCCAUCAGUAAGCCAAAUCAGGUCAUUUGACUCCGUUUCAACAGCAACAACCACUAACACAGGAGCUGUAUACACAACAGCCAUUACCAUAUGUACAACAGCAGCCACAUCAACAGUUUCGACAGUCUCCACAGCAGUCACGACUCCCCCAUCCACACCAACAACAUCAGUGUCUAUCGCUUUAACGGCCAAGCAGACUUUUACAGGAGCAGUAGAGGAAGGACUGUCAGAGAGCGACUCAAUCAGCCCCGUCACUCUCUCUCCGCCUCAGUCUCCAAGCUCCAGCGCAGAGGAGCUCAGCCCUACGGACUCCAAGCCCCUCUAUCAGAGACACAAUCGCCGUAUGCAGGAGCUAGAGCAAAGAGAGGCCCAUUUUGUUUAAAAAAAAAAUGCCAUCCUGGAUGGAUUUUAUCACACUUGGUACAGUAUCCUAUAUGUGACACUCAGAAAGUGACUGAUUCCUCCACAGGCCUCACAAGGUCAAUAUCAAUAGUCUAGUAGAUCCGUCUACGGCUUUAUUUGUAUGUAUUUGUAUGUAAGCUGUCUUUUUUUGUGCUAUACUGUAUAUAUGAAAAUUGUUUUAAUAUCCCUUUGAGAAAGGGCAAACAUAUUAGGAGAGAGGUGAAACAUCUCCAUGAAAUUUUCUGGAUAACUGUUUGUUAAAGUCUCUUUAAGCUACUGUUUGAGCCAGAAAUAUCAGCAGAGGUCCAAAACAUUUGUGACAUUCGCUUAUCCUUAAGUGAGCACUCUUUUCUAUUAUUUUCGGAUAUUGUUUCUGAACGUUCAUGCCAAAUGUGUCUUAUUCUUAUUUUCUCCUUUACUGUGAUAAGAUGAGGUUUCAAGAGACACUUCUAUAUCAGUAAAUAAUCAGAUAUAUUAAUGUUUUAUUAAAGUUAAAAGUUCUUUGUAAUAAUUGUAUAAACAGGGAUGUGUAAAGUAUUGUCUGUAAAUUCAUAUCAACUUGCUCAUUUUGAUGCACAUGCUAAGCCUAAAUGUUUAACAUGCAUUCAGUGCUGUGGCACCGCAUCAUCACUGCCCUCGCAUGAUGUAAUACAGUUACUGCCGGCUGUUGUAUUUGUUUUAUAGCUUGUCUCUUGGAAACACUCCUGCUUAUACGUGUUUUAGGCUGCGUAAGUGCAUCUGUUUCUGUUUUAUUUCAGAGUCAUAUAUGCAUUUGUUUACAUUUUUUACACAUAAACCUACUGCCAUAAACAUACAUCUAUAUCAACAAUUCUUGAAGACAUGCAAAAUGUUUGCAGAUUAAAUAUUUAGUUAAAACUA